CAGGAAAGGAUCUUUUUUGUAGAUCCCCUUUUCUGGAGUUUCAUUGCAAGCCCAGGGUACAAAUUACUUCAAAGAGAAUGAUCAGAGUGAUCCUGAACCCACAGGGGACACCUCCAGAUAUUAUCAAUCUAUUAAGAAACACUUUGAGGAGAAAAAAAGUGGCUCAUCAUCAUUUGUGUCCUCCAUUGAAGAUGAGCAAAAACCCCUGUUCUCUGGGGUAGCUGAUUACCCAUCUGUAACAGAGAAAACUACAGAGCUGGACUUUGAAGAAAUGAUUCAUGCAACAGAAGAAAUUCUUACUGACAAAAGAAGUGACUCUUGCAAAGAUAUCACUGAUAAAAGAAACUGGGAGGAACAGAACAUGAGGGAAUACCAAGACUCUCCAAGUCACUCAGCAUUACCCCAUGUUACAUGGGGUAUCUGUGAUACUGAAAGUGACUACAUAUAUGGAGAAGUAGAGAAUCGAUUAGAUUUACUUCAAGAACAACUCAACAGGCUUGAAUCCCAGAUGACUGCUGAUAUCCAAACCAUACUGCAGCUUCUGCAGAGGCAAUCAACACUCAUUCCACCUGCCUAUAGCAUGGUGACUGCAGGUGCAGAGUAUCAACAGCCAGCAAUCCGGUUUACACAAAAGCUUCAUCCUGUAGCAUCAAUUAAAACAGACAGAAGUUUCAGUCCUUCAUCUCAGUGUCCUGAAUUUCUAGACCUUGAAAAAUCAAAACUUAAAUCCAAAGAAUCUCUCUCAAGUGGAGUGCAUCUUAACACAGCCUCAGAAGACAACCUGGCUUCCUUUUUAGAUCAAGAACGUGACCACUCUGCAGAGUGUCCCCCACAGCAUCCUAAACCUUAUCUCCCAUCAAUUAGGCACCCUUCCUUGCCAGAAUGUUCAGUAAGCACUGUAGGAAUCUUGAGUCUUCAUAGGCAUGUUUCUGAUCCUGGUCUUCCUGGGAAAUAAUACUUUUAUACUAUAAUUUCACAUAAAAAAAUGUAAGUGCUUUUAAUGGCUGUUUUUCCUUUUUUGUAUUUAAAUCCUCUAUACUUGACUCAGGGGCUACAAGGAAUAUAUAUGCAAAAGUACUGUAUAUUUUCCUAAAUCUGAAGCUUGUAAGCUAAAGUUGAGCAGUUCUGAUGUAAAUAUAUAUGUACACACACACACACACUAACUGUAUGUUCCAAAUGUAAAACUGCCAGCAUUCUCAAGGCACCUUAUAUUUUUAUUUUUUAUUAAAUAACAUGCAUGUUCUGAGAUUACAGUUUACAUUGCAUGGAGACAACAGACAACCAUUUACUGCUGUCACAAAAACAGUAUUUUAUUGCGGAUAUGUCUUCAGAACAAAUAGGAAACCAAUAACAAUAAUUUACAUAGGAAAAGUACUCAUACCUGACCAAGCUAAACUCCAAGUAAAAACUUCUAGCUCACUUCUGAAAAUUUGGGUUGACUUUCUUGUAGUGAGCUUUUCACAGUAAAUGGUAUCAUUACAAUUUAUUCUGCAUCUAGAAGAAGAAUGAGGUAACCAAGUCUUCUGGGUUCGAAACAAUUAGGACUUAGAAAGCAGCCUCCUUCCAAAGCAUCUGAAACAGGGCAGGACUUUAACAGUGAGAAAAACUGCCACAUGCUGGAAAGUAUCACCACAGAUUGCAUCCACAAAACUACAUUAAUUGAACAGUUUGUUUCCAGUACUACUUCAUUUUAUUUUAUUCACAUCAUAGAAGUUAACUGUCAUGAGCAGGCAGGUACUCUUCAUCUGUCACUCAAACAUAAUCAAAUGCAAUAAAUCUAAUUUCUAUAUAAUACAGAAGACUGUGUUCCUUUUGUUCAAUGCAAGUUAUGAACAACCUGUAAAAUUAAAAAUACGUUACAAACUUUUGUUUUACAGUUAUUACGGUGGUUGUUUGCAGUUCUCUCUUUUUAAUGACUGGUCCAUCUAUAGUGUUCCCAGAUAGAGUACAUACGUAUGUGGACACACAUACCACACACAUUCCCAUAGGUGUGCAUGUGUGUAAAUGAUAUAUGUACAUAUGUGUGUAUGUAUGUGUGUGUAUGUUUAUAUACACACAUACAUGCAAGUGUGUGUAUAUACCUACACUUACAUGUAGGAGUAUGGAGUUAUAUAUAUAUAUAUAUAUAUAUGUAUAUAUGUAAGAUCACUUUGAGAACAAUUGUAAACUUUCUUAUUACAAAAGAAGUAAGCUUAGCUUGUGUCCAAAGCUGACUACAUUAGAAUAAAAUGAUUUAAGGUCCAUAGGCUUUAAAUACAGUAUGUACU